GCGUGGAGGUGGGCGACGCCGAGGAGUUGGACGACGCCUGCCGUGGCAUUCGCAACCGUUAUUUGGAGGUGCUCGAUGCCUGGUUCGAGAAGGCGAGCCAUGUGUAUCACCGUACCGGUCGAGACGUCAUGGACGCGGAGUUCCACUGCGGGGGGCAAACAGUGGGCACUAUCAUUUACCUGUGCGAGGUGAUGCAUGAAUCGAAGAAUCCCGUGUCCACCCCGAAGGCCGAGGUGAGCGAGACCUUGGUGGCCCAGGACUGCGUCGUCAAUGCUGGGGCGCAGGAGUCCAUCGAGUGCCAGUUGCAGGUUGCCAGGUUGGACUGCGAGACGCGGAUGAAGGCUUGCCUCUUCAGGCGCCGCAUGGGCGUUCCGUCAGUUCGGGUGUCGAAACGUGCAAUUGCCAGCGACAGGGCCAUCCGAACUGCUAGGACAUUUCAAUGCUCGGUGUGUGAUGGCAGUAAGCAGCCUAGGCUCGUCCGCCUGGCUGCGCUGCCAAAGCUGGCGCCCCCGCUGAGACUGCUCGACACGGAUGUCACAGAGUUGCACGGACGGGUUCUGACGAUCAGGGUUGCGGGCAUGGGCGUGCUCUGCGUCUCGGAUGCUCUGCGGCGGGCGUCUCCUCCCUUCGAGGUGGGGGCGGGUGAGGUUCGUCGUCGCGGGCCGUGCGAGUCUCGGAUCAAACCUUGCUGGGCGCCGCGGGCCAUUCGACUUGACGCGAGCAAGGGAAGCCGCGGUCAGAAGCUCACGGAGUGCACGGGCAGCCGCGUCGUUGAGUUUCCUUGCGCUGCAGGCCGCGGGGGGCGCGACCUCGCGCGGUUCGGGAGUUUGCUGCGGGCGCCCGCGCGGCAGCGCGGCGCCGAGGGAGAGGGGAUCAAGCCCAAGUAUGCGAGGUGGGCGACGCCUGCUGGCAAGGCGAUGGUAGAGACCGGCAUCGAGAAAGAGUGGGCCAGCGCGAGAUCUCGUGACGCGCUGGUUGCCUUGAACUAG